AUGGGCAUCACCGGCCUUUGGGAUGUAGUUCGGAAAAGGGCGUCAGCACGACAGGUUGAUUUGGCUGUUCUCAGUGCUGAAUGCAUCAAAGAAAACGGCCGACCGCUACGCUUGGCUGUUGACGUCUCCAAUGAUGUAUACAAAUAUUCGAAUGGAACUCAAGCUGCCAGGACCGCGGGUGGCAUGAACCACCCGACCCGCACUUUUUUCUUUCAUGUCCUCCAUUACAUGAUGGUUGGUGUACAACCUAUCUUUAUCUUCGACGGCCCCGAGAAGCCCCCGAUGAAGCGAGAUCGAUAUGUUCCUCGGCAACCCCCAUCAAACAUCCCCGUGCCUGUAGCAGUCGCAUCUUCACUUCGCAAUGCGGGAGACAUCGAGAAGGAAUUCACCUAUGGACACCUUGUUCGUCUAUACCGCCAGGUCCUAGACGUAUUGGGAGUACCUUGGCUGGAAGCACCUGGAGAGGCCGAGGCGGAGUGUGCCGCCUUGGAGAAGGCCGGAAUAGUCGAUGCAAUCUGCACGAAGGAUGGUGAUGCUUUGGCCUUCGGUGGGGUACACGUGCUCCUGCCUUGCAACAAAGACGUCCGAAAAGGCCGAACGAUCUUGCCUGUACAGACUUUCGAAGCGAAAUCUCCCUCAAGCGGCACCGAAGUAUUACCCAAAGACGAUCUGGUUCUGCUUGCCCUCAUGGCUGGGGGCGACUAUGACCAUGGAAUCCCUCAAUGUGGACCAGACCUCGCCAUGGCUGCCGCAGAGGCAGGAUAUGGGAAGGACUUGAUCAACUUGGCAAACUCGGGAGCUUAUGUCCCUUCGAAGCUCGUGGCUUGGAGAAACAAACUGAGAACAGAAGUCCAGAACGGCAGGUUUGGUAACAGGCACCGCCAUGUAGCGGAUCAUAUCCCGACUGAGUUCCCAGAGAUGAAGAUACUGAAUCUUUACAUCCGUCCGAAAGUAUCUUCAGAAGAAGAGCUUCAGCAGCUCAAACAGACAAUUUGCUGGCACCGCCAGAUCGACAUCCAGAAGCUGCAGGAUUUCACCAAGUUGCAUUUCGAUUGGAAGGGCCGCAACUUUGCCAAGAAGUUCAUCAACGCCCUGUGCUCACCUCUUCUGGCGCGCGCUUUGCUUCAUCACAGUGAGAUUGGGGAAGACGCAACGGGGCUCUUCACAGGCAUCAAGAAAAGAAGGGAAGCAGUGAGUAAUGAGUCACCCGACGAGCUUCGUCUCGAGUUCAUACCUGAGGACAUUGUCCAUAUCAAUUGGCAAGCAGAGCCUAUAAUGAUCGGGUACAACACUCAAUUUGACGAGAAAAAUCGCUAUGACCCAAGCGAUUCAUUCUGCGACUGGUUCCCAGCAUUUCUGAUUGAGAGUGGGGCGCCUAUUCAGUACGCCUCAUGGACGGAAUCUCUCGCAGUGAAGAAUGGCCAGAACAAGAAGCCCAGACCUGAACGGGACCCCUCACCACCUCCUGAGAGACUUACUUCUCCCAAAAAGAAAGCCAGUGGACGCCCUCGGAAAGUGCUUGACGGUCAGACAGCAGAGACUGAGGGUAGUGCACAACCUGGUUCUGGGAGAAAACGUGGACGACCAGCGAAAAAAUCUGCGUUAGAUGUAAUUGACGUGGGGCAACAGACAGGUUCGCGCACGGAGUACAACAUGGGUGCCGCCGCUUCGUCCUCCAUCAAUUCGACUCCGAGGAAGAGGUUGAAGGUUUUAGCACCAAUCAGUUUUCGGGCUAACGACGGAGUUGAGCAUGAACAGAAAUCUGUUGAUGUUCAAGCCCAGCCCGCAUCAACAUUUCCCACGAAUAAACGCUCUCUCGACCCUAUGCUGCCCCCUUUCAGCGAAGAUAGGAUCGAUGAUGACGUUGUCAUUCUGAGUUCCCGCGUCGUAAGCAAGGAUUCCCACGUGGAUCCUUCACAUCCCACAUCGCAGAAGGACAAAUCCGACGGCUCCCUUUCUGGCCCCACUACCGUAUCUGGCGAAAGCCAGGAAAAGAGCAACACCACUUCCUCAAAGCUCUCUGUCAUCAAAUCGAAGCCAAAGAGCAGUCGCGAAAGAAUGUUAAAUAAUAGCGCGUUUAUCAAGUGA